AUGUCGGAAGAAGUAAUGAUGACAACUAAUAUUGAAUCUGAAGAAAAAAAAGAUAAAGAUUUGAAUGGAGACUUUGAAAAUAAUUUAGCAGAGAACAAAAAAGAGAUGGAUCUUAUGGAGAUAGAUGAUGAAAACAACGACAAAGUAAACAAAAAUAUAGCAGAGAAGGACAAUGGAGCCAUUAAUAAACUUAAGGAGAUUGACAAUGUUUCUAAUGCGGAGAAUGAAAUUCCAUUAAUAAUUCUAGAUGAUGAAGAAGAUGAUAAUACCAUAACAAUUAAAGUUGUGAAAAAAGAGAAUGAGAACAUGAUGAAUAAACAACUUAUGAAGAUAGAUGAUGAAAACAACGACAAAGUAAACAAGAAUACAUCGGAGAAGGACAAUGGAGCCAUUAAUAAACUGAAGGAGACUGACAAUGUUUCUAAUGUGAAGAAGGAAAUUCCAUUAAUAAAACUCCAAGAUAAAGAAAAAAAAGAAAAAGAGGGUCAUAAUGAAGAAAAAGAUUUGAAUGGAGACUUUGAAAAUAAUUUGGCAGAGAAUGACAAAACAGAGAUGGAUGAUUGUAAGAAUAAACAACUUAUGAAGAUAGACGAUGAAAACAACGACAAAGUAAACAAGAAUACAUCGGAGAAGGACAAUGGAGCCAUUAAUAAACUGAAGGAGACUGACAAUGUUUCUAAUGUGAAGAAGGAAAUUCCAUUAAUAAAACUCCAAGAUGAAGAAAAAAAAGAAAAAGAGGGUCAUAAUGAAGAAAAAGAUUUGAAUGGAGACUUAGAAAAUAAUUUAGCAGAGAACAAAAAAGAGAUGGAUCUUAUGGAGAUAGAUGAUGAAAACAACGACAAAGUAAACAAAAAUAUAGCAGAGAAGGACAAUGGAGCCAUUAAUAAACUUAAGGAGAUUGACAAUGUUUCUAAUGCGGAGAAUGAAAUUCCAUUAAUAAUUCUAGAUGAUGAAGAAGAUGAUAAUACCAUAACAAUUAAAGUUGUGAAAAAAGAGAAUGACGGUGGUGACAAUGAUACAACUUUUACUGAGGCAAAACCUCUAGAAAAAGAUGAUCAAGAGAAAGAAAAACUUACAUUAAAUAAUAUUCUAGAAAAAAUUAUUGAGAAAACCGCACAUCACGAACAACAUAAGGAAAAAGAUGCUGAAAAUACUAUUGAAAAAAAAGCAGAGAAUGAUAUUUCUAAUAUGAUGAAUAACUCAAAUGAGAACGAGAAUAUUGUCAUUGUGGAGAACAACAAAAGGGAGAAGGACAGUGGAGCCAUUAAUAAACCUAAAGAGAUUGACAAUGUUUCUAAUAUUGAGGAGAAUGACAUUCCUUUAAUAACGCUCUCUGAUACAGAAGAUGAUAAUACCAUAACAAUAAAUGUUGUGAGAAAAAAGUAUGAUGACGGUGACAAAGAUACAACUGUUACUGAUGACGGUGACAAAGAUACAACUGUUACUGAUGACAAGCCUGAAGAACUAGAAUUAGGGGAAAAUAUGAUUAAAGAUGCUCUGUUGCCGAAAGACAAUGAACAAAAAAGUGAAAAUGACGCAGAUAAAAAUUCUGAUGAACGAGAAAUAAAGUUAAUUGAAUGUAAUGACAAUUCGGAGGAAGACAUUUCAAAAAAAAGAAAAAAUGACCACGAAAAAGGACCACAAAAACGGACAAAAUCUCAGUGA